UAAGAGUUUAAUAUUUUGUAUUGGAUUUUCAGUUACAGUUUUUAUAAUACUAUAUAACUAUUUAAAUCCCGAAUACGUUAUGGUUUUUGAUAUUGUUUUCAUUGGACUUUUCGCCUGUUACGAACUUCAAGGGUCAAUAUGUUGAACUCUGAUAUAAAACACUGAAGGACUUAAGACAUUUAACAUGUAUAAAAUAUGGAAGUUCUCAAUACAUGUAUAUGGUCUUCUGAUACUGCAGUUAUGUGAUGGCUGUGAAGGAAUCAAGAUAUCUGAUUUUCAAGACUUUUGUGGUGACACCAUUUACAAUGGAGCAGGUGAACUGAGAUUCGAUGCACAGAAUCUACCGUCCCAUCUGUUCAAAUGCAGCGUCACAAUACAACCAAAGUCGGACGUACUCACAGAAACAACACGGGUUCUGUUUUACUUCACAAAGUUUGAUUUAGCAGGAACAUGUGAAGAUUUGAGCGUUACAGUCCUUGAUGGAUCUUUAUUUGACCGAACUUACGUUGGAGGUCUACCGAUAUAUAUAUGCGGCCACAACACCUCGCUUGAAGAAAGCGACCAAAUCUUCACAACAAAGUCGGAUCAGUUCACAGUAAUAAUCAAUAAAAAUGACUUUGUAAGAUAUUCAACUGGAAAUUUCAGCAUAAAGUUUAUAGCUUUUCACACCGGUGAUUGUGAGAGCAUUUCUGUUGCUAACUGUUCAAAUGGCCGAUGUGUUGCCAGUGAAUACUUUUGUUCAGAUGACAUCAACGCAUGCGGGGAGCAUCAAAUUCAGUGUGAUUAUAUAAAAGCAAUUGCAGAACUGUUUGAGGCAAUUGUGGACAUUAUAAAGAAGUACAGUUGGAUAGUGCCAGUUCUAAUUGGGCUAUGUGUGUUGAAAUGUAUUUGCAAGCGAAACCGGAGAAGUAUUAGCGAUUUGAAAUCGUCAACGUGUUCAGGCUUAAGGAAACUGUUCUCAAAUUGUCGUGAAUUAAUCUUCCAUAGAGAUACGGGUCGCCGACCUUCGAACAGCUCAGACAACUCAAACUUCGUGCAACUUCAGCCUGUCCAACGCACUGUAAGUGUGCAUCGUGCACGUGAAAAUGUACGAGAAGCACUUGUUGAGGCUUCAGAUGUGUUUAAUGCAGGGCAAUCAUCCAAUCAGUCAGAAGUGAACUCCCUUAACGAGAACAACCAUAAUACAAACUCAUAUGCAGAUCAUACGUGGUCUUCAGAUACAGAACACAGAACCUAUGAACCGACAGCCCCGCCACCUUCUUAUGAUGAGGCUGUUGCGCCCUCUUAUGAAGAAGUUAUUAGAAAUCAACAUAAAUAUAAAACGACAUUAUAAGCUAUAAGUCAUGUCUGCUAAAUUACUUCUAUUUUUUCUCUUCACGACAGAUAUGUGACAAUGCUUUCUGAAAUAUAGACAACUGUUGAACAUGUGCCAAAAUGUAUUGCCGGUGUGAGCUUAUCCGCGGUUUAGUAAAAAUGUGUUACAAAAAUAUGUAAUCUUCAACAAAAUAUUGCUGUUUCAUUGUGUAAUAACGAUGUUCUCAACUUGUUCUGAGACAACCUCAGUCUGUCCUAUAAACUGUAUUAACAAAGAAAAAUUAAAUCUAGAUGCAGCUUUCAACUUCUUAUUCCACUAUUUUCGGGUCAUCCUGAAACUUUGCUCAUAAGUGACAAGUGUAUGACACAACAACAUCAACAUUUGCUGCAUCUAACGAUCUGCAGCUGUUCAGUUUGUUACAUCAUAUUUUACAUAUUCUUUAUCUGAUACAAGGGCAACCUGAAAUGUUUCUUCAUCUCUGGUAAAACUAGGCAAUUCUGUGGCAGUAUAGAAGUGCGCUGUGAUUAACUUCAAUGAGUUGAGUUUGUCCUAACACUGGCUUGAGCCCUGAAACGGCAGCAUUUGUCCUUGUAUAUAUACAAAAAACACAUCACAAUUCGUGUAUAGUUUUCAAAAAAGCAAGUCAUAAGCUCUUUUUACCCAUUCAUUUUAUUUGCCUAGACAUUCUAUCUUGUGUGUUUUUAAAGAUACCAAAUGCGUUUAUUGUUAUGCUUUAUUUUUGGAUGCUAACUUCAAAUGUUGAAAAUCUUCACCAAAUAAGAUUAACUUGACUUGAUUAAGUGAUUUUAAAGAUACGUUCAUAAUGAAAACAGUCACCUUUAACGUCUCAUUGUAUUAUAUAUAUCACUCAAAAAUUACCUUUAUAAGUGCCAAAAGCAAAACACUUGAUCCGCCCCUGCUUUGCCAUAGCUCAAAUAUUACGCAAUCCGGUUCUUAAAAUAGCCCAUUUACCUUACAAAUAUAUAUUUUGAAAUGUACCAAUAUGUAUUAAAGUAUUCAACAAUUUGUAUGUAGAUAGGUAAACAUUCUUUAUUUUUCGGUUACAGCUACAUGUAGAUAGGUAAACAUUCUUAUAGUUCGAUAAGAUUUAAAUGUAGGGUACGUUAAGGUUUUUUGAGUUUCACCUGUUAUUAAAUCAAGGGGACAAAGUGUUAAAUGUACAAAAAACGGGGUAAAGGAGUUAAUACCUUUAACAUGCAUAAAAUAUCAAACAAUAAAAAGGUGAAGGAGUUAAUACCUUUGACAUGCAUAAAAUAUCAAAGUUCUCCAAGUGUAUUAUUCUAAUACUGAAGUUAUGUGACUAUUGUGAAGGAAGGACUCAAGAUAUCUGAUUUCCAGGACUUUUGUGACAGUACUAUUUACAACGAAGCAGGGGAGCUGCGAUUCGACGCACAGAAAUUACCGUCCUAUUUGUACGGUAGUGAAUGCAGCGUCACCGUACAAUCACAGUCGGACGUACUCCUCACAGAAAAGACGCAGGUUCUCUUCUACUUCACAAAGUUUAAUUUAGCAGGAAGGUGUAAAGAUAUGAAUGUUACAGUGUUUGACGGACCUUUAUUCAAUCAGACACGUGUUAAAAGCAAGUACUUUUGCUAUAAAUCGAGGAGCUCAGCAGUUUAAUUACAGUUCAUACCCUGCCAGAUACAUUCACUCAGACGUCCACCUAAUAGUUAAUUGUAAUGUCAUUAGCUGUUAGACCUCUUGUUUUAGUGUACAUUUUUAUAAUACAUCAUUGGGGAUACAUUUAGGCAUUUAAUUGUAUUAAGUUGUUUUACCAGUAUAUACGUUUGGUAGAUAAAUCCUGUGUGAAAAUAAAGGAUCGGUUUCCUCUUAUUGUGGAUAGCCCUACUUAGUAAUAAGAUUCUUAUGAGACUUUCAGUGUAGAGAAAACGAUUUUGUACUUUUAUUGUUUUUCGGCGAACGCCGUCUAAAUUCGUUUUCGUUACCUAUGCCACGUGACUUCAGUUUGCAAAUCAAACUACUUGUUAACGCAUUAUAGAUAAUUUAUCAAAAUGGAAGAUUUAUGCAACACUCUGCCUGAUUGGACGACAGUGUCAAUUUCUUUCACUCUGUUGAUUGUGCUACGCUGAGUAAUAUGUAGACCAAGCGUUUAUCCUAAACGACGCUGUUCACAGUUUUAAAGCUAACUUUGGCACAGUAUAUUUAGCAAGAAUGUUGAUAUAUCUCAAAAUGAUAAGUAAGUUUAAUAAAUAUGAUAAAAACCUGUUCAAAUACCAACAUAUAUCAAAUUAAAGAAAGAGCUGAAUACGGUCUGCGUACCACAUGAAUAAGGGUGUGAUAAGAGUCUUUUAUGUAGAGAAGUGCUUUUUAAAAGAUUUUCCUUGUUACAAUUGUCGUCUGUAUAUGAAAAGGUGUCUUGCUUUUGUGACUUAUUCAGAUUGCAUAUUAAAUGAAUACUUGUUUGCUUUGAUAUAUUUGUUAUAAAUUAUUCAACUGAUUUAUUAUACAAAUGUAUAUGAUUAUUUUUCUUUAGUAUGGUAUGCAAAUAUUGAACUCAGUUGAAAUCUGUUUUAUUAUAUAUAUGCUAUAUAAUGACUGAAUCUCAUUACACUGAAAUGAAGGUACGCUGCAUACAAUUUAUCUAUUUGAUAUGACUACGGUCAAACUUUGCUUAUGAAACAGAAAUAUUGAAAUAAUUACAAUUGUCUGUUUUGCUUGACCUUCACUUUUUUAUAGGUGUGACGUCAUUGUCCAAAGAUUCAUGAAUAGCGAAUAUGCAUUUGUUAAAGCGGGAUCAGUAAUUAAUAAAAAAAUCCUUUUAUUGAUUUUUUCUCAUGUAUUCUAAUCAAACUUGAUUUGUAGCAUCUUUAUUAGGCCCGCAGCCAACUUUGUUCAGCUGGGACAUUUGACCCCUUUUAGGGGCUGCUAGAGCUAAAACUAGAAAUGCCUUUAUACAGCGUCUCAUGAACAGCUUGGUGGAUCUUUGUCAUACUUGGUCUGGAGCAUCAUUAUAGGGUCCUCUUCCAAAAUUAUUUAUAUAGGAACUUGGGCCCUAUUAGGGACCACUAUAGCUAAAAGUAGAUAUGCCUUUUUUCGCAUUAACCACUAAAAUGUAAUGGAUUUUUUAUCAAACUCGAUGUGUAACAAUAUCGUAAGGUCUCCUGCUAUUUUGUUACAAAUGGGGAUAGGGACCAAUUUAGCUAAAAAUAUAAAAACGUUUAAUGACCUCUUCUCAUGAACCGCUUCAUGAAUCUUCAUCAAGCUACUGCUGUAAUUAUUCGUCUAAGGAUAAACGAAACAAAAUUGCAACCCUACGAAACCUUUGCGAAAAAUUAAUAGAGAACCAUUUAAAUUGUUAAGUGCGGUGUUUAGAUUUGCAAUUUGAAAAAUGUUGGAUGAAAGAUGAAUGUUAGAUGAAAAAUUCAUAAACUUCUUUCCUUAUUACAAUUCGCCGACCAUCAUUUUUAAAGAUAUUUCUUGUUAUAUAUGAGCUGUAAGCUACAAUUUUACAAAAAUGGAACUAGAAGGUAGAAAUAACAGCCGCCUUUUAAUUAGGUCAUGCGCCAUCUUCCGCCUGUCAAAUUUUGCCAUUAGUUUUCACGACCUGUCAAAUUUAUUUUUAUCUGUCCGUUCUUCAAAUGCAUUGUUUGGAUGGGAUUCUUGGCUAUAUAACAUGACGAUAAAUUCCAUAUAAAUAGUUGCGCUUGAAAUUGUUUUGUUGAGCUUAAUGUUUAAAGUCACGUAAGAAUUUCUAGUGUUUUUGGUUAUUGUUGGUAAUCAGGAUACCAGCACCCUAUAUUAAAGGCAUAGAAUGGUUCCUUUCUGACUGGCAACGAAAAAAAAGUUAGGUUGAAAUAUGAUGUUAUUGUUUUUGGAAAUAUCAAUAUUUUUUGUCAUCCACCAGAAAUUCAUUAAGAACGUGGUAUCACCUUAAGCCUUCUGUUUCAAUACUUUUACCUUCUGUUAUAGGUCUACUGAGAUAUAUAUGCGGAUACAAAAUCUCACUCGAACAAAGCGACAAAAUCUUCAUAACAAGCUCGGAUCAGUUCACAGUUACAUUCAGUAGAAAGGACUUAACAAAAUAUUCCACAAGAAAUUUCAUCAUCAAGUUUAUAGCUUUUCAUACGGAGUCGCCAAUCUUCGGACAGCUCGGACAACUCCGUGCCACUUCAACCUGUUCAGAGCCCUGUAAGAGUGCACCAUGCAGGUCAAAAUGCACGAGAAACAGUUGGUGAGGCCUCAGGUACUAUAAAUACACGACAACUAUCUAUUCAGUCAGAACUGAACUCUCUAAACGAUAGCGAACAGUCAUCUGGAGACGGUGACUAUACGCAGCUAUUAGAUGUAGAACACAUGCUUUAUGACCCGACGGCUCCGCCACCUUCCUAUGAUGAGGCUGUUGCGCCGUCUUGUGAAGAAGUUAUUAGAAAUAAACACAAAUAUAAAACGACAUUAUAAAAAGCAUGUCGAUGCCACUUCUGUAGCUAAUUUCAUUUCAUGAUUCUGCAUGACGUUUGUGAUAUAGACCGAUUUGCUAAAAUGGUUUGCCUAUGUCAACCUGUAGGAUUUUUUUUUGGUAGUUUAAGCUGCUUUCAGUACGUUUAUUUACCGUCUCACUUCUAAUGAAUAUGCAAUAUUGAAGUUCA